AGGUUGAUUAAUUAAAGUGAUUGUUAACAUUUAAAAUAAUAAAUUAAUCGAAUAUUACCUGCGAUUAUCGAAAAUGAUAAAUGUGUAUUAAUUGUAAUCUUUGAUGUUCGUUGUUUUGGAACUAUUGGUGUAUGAACUUCAAAUAAUAGAGAUCAAAGUUAGACGGCCAUUAUUGUCAAUUGACUAUAUAUCAAAACAAAUGCACACAACACAACUGGUGAAAUAGUCAUCACAUCACUCGAGUUAUCAUCAACUGCGAUGUUCAGAUCCGACAAACAUGGGGUUCGCAAUUUUGCAGCGUUUUUGGUUGCUAUUGUAUGUCUCGGGAUUACUGUAACUGGCAGCGAUGAUUUCCAAAAUCAGAGGGAUAAACGUGGCUUUGGUUUUAACUCUCUUGAAGGAGACAGCACCCUAAAGAAGGUCGGUAUAGCCAAACCAAAACCAGGGGGUGGUCUUGGAGGGUUUGGUUUUUUGGUGUUCGGUAAACCAAGGCCUACUACCACUGAGGCGCCCAAAGUAAACAACAAUGCCGAUGAGCCAAUUAUUAUUGGAGAGGGCUUUACCAAAGACGAAAUAUGCUUUAAUCUUGCCAUUGCAUUGGACAUAUCGUGCUCAGUGUCCUUAGAUAGCAAGGGGUAUGCUAAGAAUCUCAUCAAAUCCAUUCUGCGUGCGUUUCAAUUAAACGCCGAUAAAGGUGUACGGAUAAACCUAGUGACGUUUGCUGAUGAGGUCAUUCAAACAAUACACUUUGAUCCGUCAAAAACAAAGGACGAGCUUUAUUCAAUCGUUGACGAAUUGGUAAUUGUGCCGUCGGUGUGUAGAACGAACACUUGGCAGGCCAUAAAAGCAGUCAAUGCGUUGUUUUUCAGCGACAGUUUGAAUGAGAAUGACGUCAUUAGUCAUGGUCCGAAGAUCUUGAUGAUCAUCGGAGAUGGCCGAGGUUCACCGAAAAGUGAACAGGGAUUAACGGAAUCAUAUACAAAAAAUCUCAGGGAAAAUGAUGUCACAAUUAUCUGGAUAGAGACAGAACUGGACAGUAACAAAAGAAAAACACGUAUUGAGACGGAGAUUGACCUAAUUAUGGCAAAAGAGGCAGUACUUCAUAUGAAUAAAGACAGUGACAUUGCAGACAAACUAAUUCAUUAUUUGGAAAGUGCUGGUCAAUGUUGGAUCAAAUCGGCUCGUACACAACCUGAUUUUAGUCGACCUGAUUAGCCAAUAUUAAGUAUAUUUUUGUUGUAACGGAUGACUCUUUGUAACACUGCCUCGUCUUUAUUCAUUUAUUGUGACUGGAGGAGCUUAUAUUACUAAAGCGAACGGCAUCAAAAGUCUACUUAUUGAUUAAUGGCUGUGAAGAACAAUCGUUUGAUAUUGGAAUUAGACUGUCUUAUUCUUCAUUUCAGCUGGU